ACAGGUCUGUGAGCCCGCCCAUGCAUCACCACAGGCUUUGGAUGCUCUGAUGCUAACAGUAUCCACCAAGGCAGCUCUGGAGACUCCCAGCACCACAUACCCCUCGAGUGUGAGUUUUCUUGAGGUCCCAAGGCCGGUACCCCAGGAGAAGCCUCUGAAGCCCUUGGCUAUACUCCGCAGCUCUUGUGACUCUUCCUUCCUAGGCUGUGAAGUAGGACUGUAACUCAGCGGGGCUCCACCUCCCUGGCCGCGGCAGGCCAGUUGGCGAUUCUGGAGGUUUCUUCGGGAUUGAACUACAUCUGCCUGGCGUCUGCUUGCUGAGAGGACUGGAGUACAGUUGCUGGCUCAUGCCUGAUGUCUGCCUGCCUAGAGGACUGGUCUGAAGCAGCUGAAUAGUAUUCUGUGUUUGCUACGGGACUGAACUGUUGAGAAGGAAGAUCAAGCUCGCCCCGGAAGAACUCUUGCUGAACAGAUCCACUUGUCUCACAUCCUAAUAACUUUUCUCUUCCACUACCUCUGCUGGGUGGUGGGCCAGCGGAGAGCUUGAACACAUUAAAAGUAGCCUGCAAAAAAUUUAUGCCUACAGGUGAACAUCUGGUCCCUGAGGAAGGCCUCACAUCUGGACCCCAGCCCCUUAGGUCCAUCCAGCCAUUGCAUGGCUUCAUCUGGAAGUCCUGAAGUCCAUCCUAGCGGCUGGCUAUUGCAUCAGGAAUGAGCUUGGAGGAGAUGGACCUCCUGCACCAAGGCUCUAGCAUGUACCUGCUGCUGAUGAAUGGGAAUGGUUCCAUUUCUGGCCGCUCUUGAAAUCCUGGAGUCUACAUCAGAGUCCCCAAGGUUCAUCGGACGGCGGCAGAGUCUCAUCGAGGAUGCCCGCAAGGAGCGAGAGGCGGCGGCAGCGGCGGCAGCAGCGGCUGUAGCCUCCUCAGAACCUGGGAACCCACUGGAGGCGGUGGUAUUUGAGGAGAGGGAUGGGAAUGCUGUUCUCAACCUGCUCUUCUCUCUGAGGGGUACAAAACCCUCCUCACUGUCUCGGGCUGUGAAAGUGUUUGAGACAUUUGAAGCCAAAAUCCACCACUUAGAGACCCGCCCUGCCCAGAGACCACUGGCGGGAAGCCCCCACCUGGAGUACUUUGUGCGCUUUGAGGUGCCCAGCGGAGACCUGGCUGCCCUCCUCAGUUCUGUGCGUCGGGUGUCUGAUGAUGUGCGCAGUGCCAGAGAGGACAAGGUUCCCUGGUUCCCAAGAAAAGUGUCAGAAUUGGACAAAUGUCACCACCUGGUUACCAAGUUUGACCCUGACCUGGACUUGGACCAUCCGGGCUUCUCUGACCAGGUGUAUCGCCAGCGCCGGAAGCUGAUUGCAGAGAUUGCCUUCCAGUACAAGCAGGGUGAACCAAUUCCGCAUGUGGAGUACACAGCGGAGGAAAUUGCUACCUGGAAGGAGGUCUAUGCCACGCUGAAGGGCCUCUAUGCUACCCACGCCUGCCGCGAGCACCUGGAGGCUUUCCAGCUCCUGGAACGGUACUGUGGCUACCGAGAGGACAGCAUCCCACAGCUGGAGGACGUGUCCCGCUUCUUGAAGGAGCGGACUGGCUUCCAACUGAGACCCGUGGCCGGUCUACUGUCUGCCCGUGAUUUUCUGGCCAGUCUGGCCUUCCGUGUGUUUCAAUGCACACAGUACAUCCGUCAUGCCUCCUCACCUAUGCAUUCACCUGAGCCGGACUGCUGCCACGAGCUGCUGGGACAUGUACCCAUGUUGGCUGACCGCACAUUUGCCCAGUUCUCCCAGGACAUUGGACUUGCAUCUCUGGGGGCCUCAGAUGAAGAAAUUGAGAAACUCUCCACGGUGUACUGGUUCACUGUGGAGUUUGGGCUGUGUAAACAGAAUGGGGAGCUGAAGGCUUAUGGUGCAGGGCUGCUGUCUUCCUAUGGCGAGCUCCUGCACUCCCUGUCGGAGGAGCCCGAGGUCCGGGCCUUUGACCCAGACACAGCAGCUGUGCAGCCCUACCAAGAUCAAACCUACCAGCCGGUGUACUUUGUGUCUGAGAGCUUCAGUGAUGCCAAGGAUAAGCUCAGGAACUAUGCCUCUCGUAUCCAGCGCCCAUUCUCCGUGAAGUUUGACCCAUACACACUGGCCAUUGAUGUACUGGACAGUCCUCACACCAUCCGGCGCUCCUUGGAGGGGGUCCAGGAUGAGCUGCACACCCUGGCCCAAGCACUGAAUGCCAUUAGCUAAAUGCAUUGGGUACUACCCACAGGUGCCAGAGGCCUUUCCCAAGUUCCUAACCCCUUCUCCAACCAUCCCUGGCCCAGAGGCUCUCCCCUGUGUGUGGCUGGGCCCUUUGAUGGGCUACUCUUGGGUCACCCUCCCCCCACUGCUUUUCAACCAUAUCUUACUACUGCAUGCGCUCCAGGGUGGUCCUGCAUUCCUCCUGCUCUCCAUGCUGUAUACCACCCUGAUUAUUAUCUCAAUAAAGGAAGGAAAGGUCUC